AUGAAUGUUUUUCGAGCUUGUCCGUUGUUAUUAUCGUCAAAUACAUUUCGUUUGGCGAGGAAAAAUUUAGUAUCGAAUAGUAAUACAAGUACUCUUCGAUCCAUAACAGAUCGUUUCGGUGUUAAACGUCGUAGUCGACGUUUUUUGAGAAAUUAUUUUAUAGCGAAUGGAUUGUUGUUUGGUGGUGGUAGUCUUUAUUAUUUUUACUAUCUUACACCAAAACAAAAACGUCAAAUAAGAGUUUUAUUUGAAGGUUUACAACGUGGAUUUCGAUCAAUUCGAAUCGGUUUUCUUAUUUCAGUUGAUUAUAAAUAUCAUUUUUGGACAGUACCUGACACAUCACCAGAAUAUGAAAUAAAACUUAAAGAAUGUCAUAAACGAGCAGCAGCUAGAAUAGCUCAAGGAUGUAUCGAAAAUGGUGGCUUAUAUGUUAAAAUGGGUCAAGGACUGGUUAGUGCUGAUCAUAUUUUACCAAAAGAAUACACUGAUGGACUUCGAUUAUUGCAAGAUAAAGCUUUACGAAGACAACGAAAUGAAGUUAGUCAGUUAAUCGAUGAAGAAUUUGGCUGUAAAGUGUCUGAUUUAUUUUCUUAUUUUUCUCCAGAACCUAUUGCCGCAGCUUCUCUUGCUGAAGUUUAUGAAGGUCGUCUUAAAUCAACAGAUGAACGUGUAGCUGUUAAAUUACAAUAUAUUGAUUUACAAGAUCGUUUUGCCGGUGAUAUAUUAACCAUUCGUUUGAUAUUAUAUGCAAUUGGUAAAAUCUUUCCUAAAUUUGCAUUUGGUUGGAUAGUUGAUUCUGUAAAAAGUAAUUUGGAACGUGAACUUGAUUUUAAAUUAGAAGGUGAAAAUGCUGAUAAAUGUUAUGCUCAGUUAUCUCCACAUCUAAAAUUUAUUUAUGUUCCUAAAGUUUUUUGGGCAUUUACAACAAAACGAGUACUUGUUAUGGAAUAUAUUGAUGGUAUUAAAGUCUCAGAUACAGAAAAACUUCAUCAAACAAAUUUAUCAUUAAAAGAAAUUGAUACGAAACUUGUUCAAGCUAUGGCUUUUCAAAUAUUUCAUUCCGGUUUUGUACAUGCUGAUCCUCAUAUAUAG